GGUGCACGGCUCUCAACUGUCAUCGGCUUCCCAGUCCCAAUUCUUCUCAGCGACCUUUCAAAUACCGAACCUUUCACGCUUCGACCCUCAUAAUGGCUGAAAGUCGCCGCGAAAGGAGACCCUCUGUUGGAGCUCCCGUCUCCGAGCUUCAGGGCCCUGUUGGUCCCAGCUUCAGCCGCCCCAAGCACAGACGUACUUUCACCGGCUUUGGUCCAGCCGAAAUCAAGAGUGUCGAGGCUAGCAUCCCUGAGCACCUGAGAGAGGCAAACACUCUAUCAAUGGCUUUACCAACAAGGAAGACUUUGAGAGUGAGCUGGUUCGCCACAUUGAAACAACAUUGGCUCGCUCGCUCUACAACUGCGAUGAAUUUCGUCCAGGGCCGCAUACUCCGGAACUGCCUUGGCUUUCAGGGACCGCUUGAUUAUCGAAUGGAACAAGACCCAGCAGCGACAGGCUUCUGCAGAUCAGAAGCGAGUGUACUAUCUAUCUCUCGAAUUCUUGAUGGGAAGAGCCUUGGAUAAUGCCAUGCUGAACGUCGGCCUGAAGGAUGCGGCCCGAGGUAGGCGUUCAAUCCGCGGUCGCGACUGCACGAGCCCUUGCUAAUGUCAUACGCGAUGUGUCGCAGAGG